CCCGACUUUCCCGCCAUUCCCCGGCUGUUUUUCCGGAACGUUCCAGGGAUCCUGGUGUGCCACUACCUGCAGUCGGUGACGCCGCAUUUGGCGCUGGGGGCCGAGCUCGUUUAUCACCGGCGCCCCGGCGAGGAGGGAGCCGUUCUCUCCUUGGCCGGGCGCUACUCAGCUCCGGCGUGGAUCGGGACGGUGACGCUGGGCCAGGCCGGGGCUCACCUGACCUACUACCACAGGGCCAGCGAGCAGCUGCAGGUGGGGGUGGAGUUUGAGGCCAGCACGAGGCUGCAGGACUCGAGCGUCGCCUUCGGGUACCAGCUGGAGCUGCCCCGCGGGAACCUCCUGUUCCGAGGCUCCCUGGACAGCUCGUGGCAGGUGGGGGCCGUGCUGGAGAAGAAGCUGCCGCCCCUCCCCCUCACGCUGGCCCUGGGAGCCUUCAUCAAUCACCGCAAGGAGAAAUUCCACUGCGGCUUCGGCCUCACCAUCGGCUGAGCAUCCUCAUCCUCACCUUCAUCAUCUUCAUCUUCAUCAUCCUCAUCGUCCUCAUCAAU